GGCAGCCAUGGGCUCAGGAUGCCAGGGAGACUGGGAGCUGGGCCUCACUCUCCCCCAUCACUGCCCCCAGCACUCGGUGGGAUGGAGGUGCGGUGGUGCACCACCUCGGACCCCGAGCAGCAGAAAUGCAGUGACAUGAGCAAAGCCUUCCGGGAAGCGGGCAUCCAGCCCUCCCUCCUCUGCGUCCAGGGCGUCUCAGCUGACCACUGCGUCCAGCUCAUCACGGCCCAGGAGGCCGAUGCCAUCACUCUGGAUGGAGGAGCCAUUUAUGAGGCAGGGAAGGAGCACGGCCUGAAGCCCGUGGUAGGCGAAGUAUAUGAUCAAGAGGUGGGCACCUCGUAUUAUGCCGUGGCUGUGGUCAAGAGAAGCUCCCAUGUGACCAUCAACACCCUGAAAGGAGUGAAGUCCUGCCACACGGGCAUCAACCGGACGGUGGGCUGGAAUGUGCCUGUGGGCUACCUGGUAGAGAGCAGUCGCCUCUCGGUGAUGGGCUGUGAUGUGCUCAAAGCGGUCAGUGACUAUUUUGGGGGCAGCUGCGUCCCUGGGGCAGGAGAGACCAGUUACUCCGAGUCCCUCUGCCGCCUGUGUCGGGGUGACGCCGCUGGGGAGGGCGUGUGUGACAAGAGCCCCCUGGAGAGAUACUACGACUACAGUGGGGCCUUCCGGUGCCUGGCUGAAGGGGCAGGGGACGUGGCCUUCGUGAAGCACAGCACAGUGCUGGAAAACACUGACGGGAAAACCCUGCCCUCCUGGGGCCAGGAGCUGCUGUCACAGGACUUUGAGCUGCUGUGCCGGGAUGGCAGCCGGGCCGACGUCACUGAGUGGAGGUGGUGUCACCUGGCCCGGGUACCUGCUCACGCUGUGGUGGUCCGGGCCGACAUGGACGGGGGUCUCAUCUUCCGCCUACUCAACGAAGGCCAGCUCCUGUUCAGCCGUGAGGGCAGCAGCUUCCAGAUGUUUAGCUCUGAGGCUUACGGCCAGAAGAACCUGCUCUUCAAAGACACCACCUCGGAGCUGGUGCCCAUCGCCACGCAGACCUAUGAGGCAUGGCUGGGCCGCGAGUACAUGCACGCCAUGAAGGGUCUCCUCUGUGACCCCAACCGGCUGCCCCGCUACCUGCGCUGGUGUGUGCUGUCCACUCCCGAGAUCCAGAAGUGUGGCGACAUGGCUGUGGCCUUUAGCAGACAGAGGCUCCAGCCGGAGAUCCACUGUGUGUCGGCCGAUUCCCCGGAGCACUGCAUGGAGCGCAUCCAGGCUGGACAAAUCGAUGCUGUGACCCUGAGGGGCGAAGACAUUUACACGGCGGGGAAGAUGUACGGCCUGGUUCCAGCUGCUGGGGAGCGCUAUGCCGCGGAGGACCGGAGCAACUCGUACUUCGUGGUGGCGGUGGUGAAGCGAAACAGCUCCUACGCCUUCACCAUGGACGAGCUGCGGGGCAAGCGCUCCUGCCACCCCGGCUUCGGCAUCCCCGCGGGCUGGGAGGUCCCCGUGGGCGCCCUCAUCCAGAAGGGCUUCAUCCGGCCACAGGACUGCGACGUCCUCACAGCGGUAAGCGAGUUCUUCAGCGCCAGCUGCCUGCCUGUGAACAACCCCAAGAACUACCCAUCCUCCCUGUGUGAGCUCUGUGUGGGUGAUGAGCAGGGCCGCAACAAGUGUGUGGGCAACAGCCAGGAGCGGUACUACGGCUACAGUGGCGCCUUCAGGUGCCUUGUGGAGAAUGCUGGGGAGGUCGCCUUCAUAAAGCACACAACCAUCUUUGACAACACAAAUGGCCACAAUACAGAGCCCUGGGCUGCGGAGCUCAAGUCCGAAGACUAUGAGCUGCUGUGCCCCAACGGGGCUCGGGCUGAGGUAUCCCAGUUCGAGGCCUGCAACCUGGCACAGAUGCCGUCCCACGCCGUCAUGGUUCGGCCCGACACCAACAUCUUCACCGUGUAUGGGCUGCUGGACAAGGCCCAGGACCUGUUUGGAGAUGACCACAACAAGAAUGGUUUCAAGAUGUUCGACUCUUCAGACUAUCAUGGCCAAGACCUGCUAUUCAAGGAUGCCACCAUCCGAGCAGUGCCCGUUGGGGAGAAAACCACAUACCGAGACUGGCUGGGCCUAGACUACGUGGCGUCCCUAGAAGGCAUGCUGUCUCAACAGUGCUCAGGAGCAGCGGUCACCGCCUCCAGGGUGCCCCCACUGCUGUUGCUGCUGUCCCUCACUGCUGGCCUCCUUCGGCCCUUCCCCUGAAAGCAAGCCUCCCCUCUCUCGGUAUGGAAACCAACUCAGAAAUCUAUGUACAUAAGGCCCUUCUCCUCGGUAAAUCCGGUUAACACUGCUCAGAGAAGAAAAGUGUGACGGGAAAGGAAGUGUGAGAAACCACAGAACGCCUCAGAUCUGCGAUUCCCGACACUGAAGAGAAGUUUCUGUGAUUGCUUUGAACUGGAAUAAAGACGAGUGCUAAAGAAAAGUCCCCCAACUUGGACAGGAGCAGGUUCCUCCUGCUGGCAGCCAGCCUUCUGCCUCCCAGGCACCACCUGGCCCUCUGCUACCUGAGGCAGUGUGCUGGCGGCCCCCCAGUCACACCCCACCCACAGGCUGGCACAGGCCCCGCUUCCCUGCAGACUCUACCACCACAUGGAGCCUCACCAGCCUCCAGCUCGGAAAAGCCCAGUUACCAAGGAAACAGGCUAAGCCUGGCUUCCCACAUGGCCUCUGCUGGAGCCUGGAGCCUGCCCUGCAGAGACGCCACAGUGAGGUCUGGUGGGACAUGAGAGGGCCUGCAGGCCCCCCUGCCAGCUCCCAGGGGCCCCUCCAGGAGCGAACACUGCAGUUCUGGGUGGGCCAGCCCCCCACAUUCCCCUCAGCCCCUGCUUCAUCUGUCUGCUUCCUCCUGAGUACACUCUGUCUGUCCACUGAAGCAUCUACCAGAGGAGGCUGCAGCCAGCCCUCCAAGAAGGCAAUGCUGCUGGGCGCGCUCAGUGUCUUGCCCUUGUCUUCAGUGUCUGGGUGUGUCCCAGCUUACUGACACCUGAGAAUGCUCGGCUGGGGGAGACCAGGGGUGGACUGUGGGAUUGAAACCCUCCAAUAAUCAUUAGACAAAGGAAAUGCUUCUCAGUAAGAAUUUUUAUUAGCUGGGGGCUUGAUACAGGGUUAGGGUCUAAACAUCGAUCUGUUGUAAGGAAGGCAGGCCUCAGAAUUGGGCCUGCUUCUGUGUGCCGUGCCCUUCAGCUGCACCAGCUCUUUAUUUCUUAGAUGAAUCCCACUCUUGAGUUUCCUCCUCUGGGGCUCAGUCUCAGUAUCUAGCCCCAAUAUGGCGCCCGCUACGCCUCAAGCCUGCUCUGUGCACCCAUUGGCAGCAGUUGCCUCGGACUGAAGGGGUCAGCCUGAGGAAGCACCAGGCACUGGAGCAGGAGGUGCCCAGGCCUCUCAGGCAGCGCAAGGCCCUCUGAGGAGGUGGGAAUGGAGAGGUGUCAUUCUCUUUGUCAGAGGAGCCACAGGCCCAGGCUAGGUAUUAGGGUGAGCUCCACCUCCUCAGUGUGGACAGGAGCUCCCUUCACCCAGCCCUGAGCCUGCGAGGCCUGAAGACAACUUGCUCCUGAGGAAGGGUCCCCCUUUCCCAGCCCCUGUGAGAAUCAGUGGGCAGUGGCUGGAGAGCAUUCUCUCUCUACUCCACUAUUGCCAAGGUUGUCUGAGGAAUCAGAGCAAAAGUUUCCAGAACUACCAGCUCCUACUCUGAAUUUACCUCCUUUAAAAAAAUAAAAAGAGAAGAAACAUGAGCAAGCAGCCCUCAUCAGCAGACUGGGAGUCGCGUGGGCCUGGAGCUAUUUGCAUCCCGGUCUGCGGGGGCUUCAGGGACGCUGAUGACAGGCCGGGUUCCUGGUGGCUCGCCCCCACCUGUGGGCGUCGGGACAGAUCCCUUCCAUCUCUCAGCAGCGAGGGGGGCCCCUGGUGGCGACUUCGCAGUAGCCACACUCUCCAUCCCAAGGAGUCCGGUUACCACACUGGGGGGGCCCUCACCCCACCUUCCAGGGGCCAGGAGCUCGGCUUCCACUGCCAGACCUUGUCCCCUCCUCACGGAAGAGAAGGAAUGAUUUACCUUGGCUCCUCUCUGACCCAAUGAUCAUUUGACUUCUUUUUUUAAAGGAAGAUUUGUGCAUUGAGCAAUGUGUUUGUGUGGCUGGGCCAGCAUGCAGCCUGGGUGAGAAACCUGUACUGUGAGCCACGGAAGCUGUGGCUGCGUGAGUGCUGUGUAAGCGAUGUUUGAUUGUCAGGUGGCAUGGGGCCACUGCUAUGUCAGGGCUAAUAAAAGAUGUUGGUUUGUUUUUUAAAUAAAACCAAACAACACUGCA